AUGGCGGAAGAGAUAUUCGACCAGCUGCAUGAAUGCUGGGUCUUCUCCACUCUGGAUUUGCGCCAAGGCUUCAACCAGAUCCCGAUAGCCGAAGAGGAUAAGAAGAAGACGGCGUUUCACGGGCCGGACGGACUCUACGAGUGGAACUUCAUGCCCUUCGGUUUGAGGAACGCAUCCGCGGUGUUUCAGCGAGUCAUGGAUGCAGUGCUGAGGAAGGUGAAAGGGGCGGCGUGUUACAUCGAUGACGUGAUCAUCUUUAGCCCGGACGCAGAGACGCACGUACGGGACGUGGAGGCGACACUGGCAGCAAUCGAGGCGGCCGGCCUGACCUGUCAUCCAGGGAAAUGCCGCUUCGGACAUGGGAGCGUAGCGUAUCUGGGGUUUGAGGUGGCAGGAGGGGAGCUGAGCAUCCAGAAGGCCAAGGUGGAGGUGCUAGAUCGAGUGGAAAGGCCGAAGGACAGGAGUAGUCUGAGGGCUCUGCUGGGGUUCCUCAACUACUAUCGCAAGUUCAUUGAGAAUUUCAGUAAGCGGGCGGCACCCUUGAACAAGCUACUAAGGGAGGAGCAGAAGUGGCAAUGGGAAGGGCCGCAAGAGCAGGCCUUGCGGGGGCUGAUGGAGGCAGUCAAGGCCGGGGCCGUAUUGAAGCUGCCAGACGGACAGCAGCCAUUCAUCCUGUACACGGACUGGAGCAGCAUAGGGAUGGGGGCAGUCCUGAGUCAGAUGGAUAGCGGGGUGGAGAAAGUGGUGGCCUUUGCCAGCCGCACCUGCAGCCCAGCAGAUUCCAACAACUCGUCCUACGAAGGGGAGGGGCUGGCAGCCGUGUGGGCAGUGGGACACUUUCGGGUGUACCUACAGGGGCGGCACUUCACCCUGGUCACCGAUCACCAGCCCCUGCUGUGGCUCAUGCAUAAUCAGAGCCUGACGGGAAGAAAUGCGCGGUGGGCCAUGAAACUACAAGAGUACGACUUCACCGUGAAGCAUAGGCCAGGUGCCACUAUGCAGCAUGUGGACGGGCUCUCCAGGAACCCUCCCAGGGAAGGCAGGAAGCCGGAGCCAGAACCAGAGCCAGAGCCCCCAGCAGCGGCCUUGACUGCCAUGGUGAGGGAGCGAGGGACGGGAGGAGAGCAGCAAAAGGGACCAGCUGACGUGUGGCAGGAUGAGGAGACUCUGAAGUGGAUAAAAGGAGAGACAGCCGAGGACGGGGGAGCAGGAGCUAGAGCUAGGGCACGGGGACAGCACUACAGGUGGUUUCAAGGGCAGGUGCAGCUGCAGACUAAGGACGGAUGGAAGCGGGUGCCAGCACCGACUGAGAGGGAAGGCAUCAUCCGCGAAGUUCACAACAAACUGGGGCAUUACGGCCCGUUACGGACUAUGCAGCUGCUGCAAACGGGGUGGUGGUGGGCACGGAUGCGGAAGGAAGUGAAGGAGUGGGUGGAGAAGUGCGAGCUGUGCUGCAGGAACAAGGCAAGCCUGCUGAAGAGCCAGGCAGAGCUGCAGCCCUUGAGCAUCGUGGAAUUGGGGUAUAGGUGGUCACUGGACAUCGCGGGAGAACUGCCAGUGUCUCGGAGGGGUAGGCGGUACGUGCUGCUCAUGAUUGAGCAUGUGAGCAAAUGGGCAGAAGCAAGGCCCUUGGUGGCCAAGACGGCGGAAGCAGUGGCAGAGGCCUUCGAGGAGAUGGUACUGACAAGGUUUGGUGCGUGUGGGGAGGUGCUGACCGACCAGGGGACUGAAUUCCAGGGGGAGUUCAAGGAGCUGUUAGCAGAGAACGGCAUCCAUCACCGAACCACCUCGAGGUACCAUCCGCAGAGUGACGGCCUGACAGAGAGAUUGGUGCAGACGGUGAAAAAGGGGCUGCGGGUGUAUGGGGAGGCAAACAAAGGCGACUGGGAUAAGAAGCUGGCGUGGGUGAUGGCUGGGUACAGGACGAACACAGUGGAGAAGUGGGUGGCUCUGGCGGACGCGAGAGCCAAGUACCUGAAGAAGCUGCUGCCAGCGGCCAUGGAAAGUUUGAAAGUGGCACAGCUGCGGGACAUACAUCGCUAUAAGCAGAGGCAGCUGGACAAAAUGGCGGGAAAGCAGGCGGCAGUGGAGGAAGGGCAAGCGGUGUAUGUGCGACGGGCGAAGCGCGACGGAUUAGAUGUGGGUGUAUCACAGCAGAGGUGGGAGGUGAAAGAGGUGCGGGAAUCAGGAGUGUUGGUGCUGGAGGAUGCAACUGGGAAGCGAGUCAUGGACCACGUCACGAACGUGGCCCCAGCAGGGAAGCAGCAGCGUGCAGGUGGCUACUCAGGUCCCAUGACCAGGGCGAGGGCGGCCGCGGCAGGUCAUGGGAGGGGGCAAGAGAGGUAG